AUGUCCCCGGGUCUGGCUGCUGGGGUGGUCUUCAGGCUCGUGCUGCCGCUCAGUUUGACUGCAGCGUGUGUGUUGAGGUAUAAUGGAUUCUCUCUGGUCUACGUCCUGCUGCUGCUGCUGCUCCCACUGCUGCCAGAGCCCUCCACCUGCCCCCCCACAGGUAACACGAGUCGCUGUGUGACGGCGGUGUGUGUGUCCAGCUUCCUGUUCCUGUUACUGCAAUCCUUCUUCCAGCUGACCACCAUCACACUGCAGCCUGAGUCCAACUGUACUUCGUGGCAGAAAUCUCUGGGUCAGCUCGGUCUGGUGAGUCUGACAGGAAGUGAUGCGGGCUCGGCAGUGAGACAGGUACUUCCUGAUGUUGGCGUGCUGCUCAUCGGCCUGCUGACCUGGAGGCUGAGCGUGAGGCUGAGCGCUGACACACACACACAGCCUCAACAGGAGCAGCAGGAGGAGGCGAUGUUUGAGGAGGACUCUGAGCUCGGACAGCAGGAGGAGGAGGAGGAGGAGGAGGAGGAAGAGCAGGAAGGCAGCAGAAACAAACUACUGGUUGAACUGGAGAUACUGGUUUGUAAAAGCAGGAAGAUGAUGGGAAACAUGACAACUACUGGAGGGAAAAUUCUACUGACUGUUCUGCUGGGACUCACAGGGAUCAUGUUCCCCUCCCUCUCCUCGCUGCCCUACCUGCUCUGCUUCCAGGUGUUGUGCACCUGGUGGGCGUGGUCAGGUCAGGUCCCGCCUCUUGUCUUCAGGUGUGUGUCUGUGAUGUCACUGAUCUACUCCUCCUCCCACUUCCUGCUCUUCUACUGCUACCAGCUGCCAUCCCUGCAGGAGGCGUGGCCUCCCAACCGCACCUCCACCAGCGUGUUCGGUCUGGUGUCUCUGGCCGUCGGGGACUGCGCUGCCCCCUGGAGGCUGCAUGUGAACUCUGACCUCAGCUGGUUUCACUUCGGCAGCCCUCUGAUGCUCCUGCUGCUCUACCACAGCGUCGCCAGCCUGUGGAGGAACCAGCUGAUCGACGGCGAUGGAGGGCGGGUUGUAGAGGGGGCGGAGUCUGUGGUCAGCUUGAGCUGUGACAUCAUUACCACCACCAGCCACCUCAGUGAUGAUGUCAGCAGUGACAUCACAGCAGAGAGGCGGAGAGAGCUGUGGAGGAGAGCUCAUGAUCGGCUGGACUGCAGAGAUCUGCUGGUGUCUUCCACCAAUGACAGCCUGUCUGACUCUUUGGCCCCGCCCACGCAGAGUACAGCUCUGGGAUUGGAUGUUAGCUCCACCCCUCAUUACUCCCUCAGCCAGUCAGACACGCUGGAGACGUGCGUCUUCGAAGGAGACGGAUGGGAGGAGGAGGAGCUGCAGGAGGAGGAGCUGCAGGAGGAGGAGGAGGAGGAGGAAGAGGAGGUGAGGAGGGAGGACGCCGCCUCCAUGGCGUUCAGCUUCCUCCUCAAACAGAGUUACAUCUGUGCUCUGGUGUCCAUGAUGGCGUGGUCCAUCACAUACGUGUCCUGGCUGACGUGUGUGCUGCUGCUGUGGUCGUGUGUCCUCUGGAUGAUGCGUGAGCGCCGACGCUACACGCUGAUGUCAUCACCAUGGCUGGUUGCCUAUGGCAACCUGCUGGUCAUCCUGCAGUACGUCUACAGUUUCCCCGCCGUCCAAGAAGUUCCUGGUCUGUUCCCUAAAAAAGACGAUCCAUGCAGGGAGCUGGCCUUCAAGCUGGUGUGUCUGAUGACAUUCUGGCUGCUGCUGCGUCAGACGCUGACUGAGAAGAGAGACAGACAGAAAGACAGACAGCUGUCUUCCAUCACUGUCCUCAUUGAAGAGGAGCAGAGGGAGCAGCAGGAGCAGCAGAAGGAGAAGUUGGAGGGGGAGGUGUUGUAUGAGGAGGUGCUGCUCCUGGGAGGAGGCGUUCGGAUGGAGACGCUGGUUGCCGUGGUUACCAGGAUGUUUGUUAAAUACUGGAUCUACGUCUGCGGGACGAUGUUCUUCUUCGUCAGCUUCGAGGGAAAAAUAGUUCUUUACAAAGUGAUUUACAUGGUGAUGUUCCUCUGCUGCGUGGCCCUCUACCAGCUGAACUACGAGCGCUGGCGAUCUCUGCUUCGAGGGUUCUGGGUCGCUGUGGUGGUCUACUCCAUGCUGGUCCUGAUCCUGGUCUACACCUUCCAGUUCCCCUCCUCCCUGCAGACCUGGACCCACUACACCGGGCUCAGCACACACAGGUUGGAGGAUCUCGGUCUGGAGAAGUUCUCGGUUCCCGUCCUCUUCACCAGAAUCUUCAUCUCUGCUGCGUUCCUAUUGGUUUGCAUCGUUCACCUUCAUUACUUCCACGAGCCGUUCCUCCAGCUGACCGACCUGCAGACGGUGGUGGACACGCACAACAGCACCAUCACCAGGUUGGUCCACUCUGACGGCAGCCUGGUUGACUUGUCGGUGGGUGGACCGCUGCAGCUCACCCAUGAGGAGGAGAAGAGGGGGACAGAGGAAGAGACCAAGGAGAAGUGGAGACAGGAAGAAGAGGUGGAUGAGGAGGAGGAGGAGUACCCCUGUAUGUUUGACAAGGGAACCCUGUCUGACCCUCUAACAGUGCUGGGCUCCUGGAGGUUGGUGGUGGACCGUCUGUCUGUCCUGUUCCUGCGCCUCCUGCUCUCCCUGCAGCGCCUGCAGCGCCUCGUCUGGUGGCUGCUGGAACUACAUAUCGUCAAGAUCGUGUCCUCCUACAUCAUCUGGGUCUCUGUGAAGGAGGUGUGUGUGUUUAACCUGCUGUUUGUGGUGAGCGUGGCCGUGGCUCUGCCCUGCAGGACGUGGCGCCGCCUGCUGUCGGGAGUCUGCACAGUUUGGACCUGCGUGGUUACCGUCUGUAAGAUGCUGUACCAGCUGAACGUGGUCCAGCCCAGCAGAUACUCCGUCAACUGCACCAUGCCAGGUAACUCCAGCACCGACCUGUCUGCAUCUGUUCUGUACUCUGGUCCGGUGGAUCCUGCUCAGUGGGUCGGGCUUCGCAAGUCUGACGGAAACUUGCUCGACUACUUGAGGUAUAACCUGAUGAUGCUAGCGCUGUUAGCCUUCGAGGUGACGGUCUACAGACACCAGGAGCUCUACCGACUCCGCCAUAACAAGGUCCCGCCCCCCACCCGAACCCUGUUUCAUGACAUCACCAGGCGUCACCUUGACGACAGCGUGCUCAGCUGCACAAAGUACUUCCUGAACUACUUUUUCUACAAAUUCGGACUGGAGACCUGCUUCCUGUUGGCGGUGAACGUGAUUGGUCAGCGGAUGGAUCUGUUCGCGGUAGGCCACGCCUUCGGCCUCAUCGCUGUCCUAUUACAGCGCAGCAGGAAGCGCAUCGCCUCAGCGUGGCCCAAAUAUUGCUACUUCCUGUCUGGGCUUCUGUGCUUCCAGUACCUGCUCUGCAUCGGACUUCCUGCUUCCUCCUGCGCAGAUUACCCGUGGAGACCUCCGUCCUCCAACAUGGACUCCAACGUAGUGAAGUGGCUUUUCCUCCCGGAUCACCUGACUCCCCCAAACCCGCUCUUCCUCCUGUAUGACUUCCUGCUGCUGCUGGGGGCGUGUCUGCAGCUGCAGGUGUUUGAUGACGAGCAGCAGCCGGACGUUCAGCAGCUGGCAGGAAGUAACGCUGAGCUGCAGGAAGACGGACAGCUCUGUGAGCCAAUCACACGCCUCCGUCUCAACACCGUCCCUGACUUCCUGCUCAGCAGGUCUUAUCUGGACAUGAUGAAGGUGAUAAUCUUCAGCUACAUGUUCUGGUUCGUCCUCACCAUCAUCUUCAUCACCGGGACGACCAGGAUCAGUAUUUUCUGCAUGGGGUACCUGGUGGCGUGUUUCUACUUCCUGUUGGUUGGAGGAGAGCUGCUGCUGAAACCAGUGAAGUCCAUCCUGGUGUACUGGGACUGUCUGAUCGGCUACAACGUGUUCGUCAUCACCAUGAAGAACAUCCUGUCGAUCUUGGCGUGCGGCUUCAUAAAGUCGUUGGUGAUGAAUCACUGUUGGCUCAUCCAGCUGUUCAGCCUCGCCUGCACCAUCAAAGGAUACACCAAGCCUGAGCAGCAGAGCAGUAAACAGUGCGAGUUGCCGAGCGACGAGGCGGGAAUCAUCUGGGACGGAGUCUGUUUCUGCUUCCUGUUGCUGCAGCGGAGAGUCUUCAGGAGCCACUACUUCCUGUAUGUGGUGUUAGACCUGCAGAACACCCAGCUGCUGGCCUCCAGGGGGGCGGAGCUAUUCGAGGCGUCCACGGUGAAGGCGGUGCGCGCUCGGCUGCAGGUGGAGAAAACAUCGAUGGAUCUGUUGAAGAGACAGAUGGACAGGAUUAAAUCUCGGCAGCAGAAGUUCCGCAGAGGAAAAGAGAAGCUGCUGAGUUUGACCCAGGACAGCUUCCAUACUGACGGUCAGUGACUCACCUGUCUGAAGCAGGACAAGGAGUGGUGGAGACCCUGGGUGAACCACGCCUCCAUGGUGAGGAGCGGAGACUACUACCUGUUUGAGACUGACAGCGAGGAGGAGGAGGAGGAGGAGAGGAAGGAGGAAGAGGAGGAGCAGGAGGAGCAGCUUCCUGAGAAGUCUGCCUUCCAGUUCGUGUAUCACGCCUGGAUCACUGACUCCAGAACAGCGAUGAGAGCUCGAAGCAACCAGAAGAAACUGUGGAAGAAGAACUCCUCUGAACAAAGGAGCAGGAGAGAGGAGAGGAGAGCAGCUGCAGUGAUGGAGGCGACGGAGGAGUCAGAGGAGGACGGAGAGGAGGAGGACGGAGAGGAGGGACCAGACACGGUGCUGCGUCGGUUCUCCAACACUCUGCGGUUCUGUUGGGUUCUGCUGUUGGCUCUGCUGGACUCUCUGACUGCCUGGCUCAGAGGUUUGUGUCAGGAGCACAUCGACAUCUCAACCGUCCUCCGCAUCGAGCACUGCAUGCUGACCCAGCAGGCCAAGCAGGGUAAAGUCCCGACCAGAGAGGCCAUCCAUGUUUACUACCAGGAGCAGAUGCAGAGGAGCGGCCUGGACUACACUACCCAUGAUGCCGAGGGGCAGGGGAGCUCCGGCCUGGACUACACUACCCAUGAUGCCGAGGGGCAGGGGACCGGCCUGGACUACACUACCCAUGAUGCUGAGGGGCAGGGGAGCUCCGGCCUGGACUACACUACCCAUGAUGCCGAGGGGCAGGGGACCGGCCUGGACUACACUACCCAUGAUGCCGAGGGGCAGGGGACCGGCCUGGACUACACUACCCAUGAUGCCGAGGGGCAGGGGACCGGCCUGGACUACACUACCCAUGAUGCCGAGGGGCAGGGGAGCUCCGGCCUGGACUACACUCCCCAUGAUGCCGAGGGGCAGGGGACCGGCCUGGACUACACUACCCAUGAUGCCGAGGGGCAGGGGAGCUCCGGCCUGGACUACACUACCCAUGAUGCCGAGGGGCAGGACACAGCAGAGGGAGGGAGUUCUGAAACACAUGAAGAAGAAGCUGGAGGACCAACAGCAAAGGAGGAACCAGAACCAGGACCAGAGCCAGGACCAGGACCAGAACCAGGACAUGACCUGGGUCAACCAGGACCAGAACCAGAACCAGGAUCAGGAGGAUAUAACCCGGGUCAACCAGGACCAGAACCAGGACCAGGACCAGAACCAGAACCAGGACCAGGAGGAUAUGACCCAGGACCAGAACCAGGACUGACAAAAUGCCGGAGAUGGCGACCCAGACUGACCCGGAUGCAGCGGGUUGAGUCUUCGUCCUCGUCUUCAGAGGAUUUGAGCUUCAGUGGAACUCUGAGCGGCGCAUCCAUUCAACAACUUCCUGUCGACACCCAGCCGACCCACACCUUGACUGGCGCCUCCUCCCCGUCCUCCCGCUGCUCCCUGCUCCUCCCCCCCUCCUACAGCCUCGCUCUGGGUCUGGACCUCCAGGAGGAGGAGGCGGGGGGGGGAUUCAGGAGGCGUCCGCUGGCUCAGACGCAGGCGGAGAGGAACCACUUCCUGUCCGAGUCCACGUCCACUUCCUGUCCGCUGGCGUCUCGUACUCAGGAGCUGACGGCCAGCGAGCUGCUGAGGAACAGGACUUUCUACAACGAGGAGCUGGAGGCAUCCGACCGUUUCUAUGGAAACCAACCGCAACUGCUCCAGCUGUGCUACGCCAUCUACAACAUCCUCGCAGCCAGGUCAGAGACGGUGUGCUACCUGGUCAUCGUGUUGAACCACAUGGUGUCUGCCAGCUGUCUUACGUUGGUGCUUCCUGUCCUGGUGUUCCUGUGGGCCACGCUGUCCGUCCCUCGGCCCAGUAAGACCUUCUGGAUGACGGCCAUCAUCUACACCGAGGUCACAAUCGUCAUCAAGUACUUCUUCCAGUUUGGUUUCUUCCCGUUCAAUCAGAAGCUGGAGGUGGACCGGUCCAAACCGUUCCACCCCCCGAACAUCUUGGGAGUGGAGAAGAAGGAAGGCUACGUCCUGUAUGACCUGCUGCAGCUGCUGGCUUUAUUCUACCACAGAGCCAUCCUCAAGUGCCAUGGACUUUGGGACCAAACUGUUUCAACAGAGGCUGACACUCCUGGUCACCAUGACAACCAGGCUGACUCCGCCCACGCUUCCACCUCCAUCAGCCCAGCUGAUCCCAGCAGCACCCUGCGGCGGCGAGGGCGGAGACGAACCCAGUCCAGCUCCACCCAGCGGCGCUCUCCUGCUGGCAGUGUCAGCUCUUCAGCGCAGCAGCUCGGCAGGUUUGAUCUUCUGUUGCAGAAACUUCAACAACUUUCCAUCAGAGCUAAGAACUGCUCUGUUAGCAGGUGUAUGUCUCUGUACCGUCCCAUCUGUCAGUUCUUCAGAGCUCUCGUCCAACCAGAGUACAGCGCUGUCACCGACGUGUACGUCCUCAUGUUCCUCGCCGACACCGUCGACUUCAUCAUCAUCGUCUUCGGCUUCUGGGCCUUCGGGAAACACUCUGCAGCUGCUGACAUCACUUCCUCCCUGUCAGAGGACCAAGUUCCUGAAGCCUUCCUGGUCAUGGUUCUGAUCCAGUUUGGUACCAUGGUGAUAGACAGGGCUCUGUAUUUGAGGAAGACAGUUUUGGGGAAGUUGGUGUUUCAGGUGAUUUUAGUUUUGGGGAUUCACUUCUGGAUGUUCUUCAUCCUGCCGACGGUCACUGAGAGGCGCUUCAAUCAGAACCUCGUGGCUCAGCUCUGGUACUUUGUGAAGUGCGUUUACUUCGGGCUGUCGGCCAAUCAGAUUCGAUCUGGUUACCCAACACGAGUUCUGGGAAACUUCCUGACGAAGAGUUACAACUACCUGAACCUGUUCCUGUUCCAGGGUUUUCGGCUGGUGCCCUUCCUGACGGAGCUGCGUGCGGUGAUGGACUGGGUGUGGACAGACACCACGCUGUCUCUGUCCUCGUGGAUCUGUGUCGAGGAUGUUUACGCUCACAGCUUCGUCUUAAAGUGCUGGAGAGAGUCUGAGAAGAGGUACCCGCAGCCUCGGGGGCAGAAGAAGAAGCGUGUGGUGAAGUACGGGAUGGGCGGUCUGAUCGUGCUGCUGCUGAUCUGCAUCGUCUGGUUCCCGCUGCUCUUCAUGUCGCUCAUCAAGUCCGUCGCCGGAGUCGUCAACCGACCGCUGGACGUGUCUCUGACCAUCACCCUGGGGGGCUUCCAGCCGAUCUUCACGAUGAGCGCGCAGCAGAAUCAGCUCAAAGAUCUGACGGAGGAAGACUUCAGCUCCUUCAUCAGCUCCUACAGCUACACACCUAGUGCUUUGCAGUUCCUGGAGGCGUACAGCAUGGAGGACGUGACUCUGGCCGAGCUGCAGGGCAGCAGCAACUCUCUGUGGACCAUCAGCCCCCCCAGCAGGACUUACCUGAGCCAGGUGCUCAACCUGGACCACUUCCCCCUCACGCUGUCCUGGACCAUCCAGAGGAACCUGAGUCUGGGGGCGAAGGCGGAGCUUGCCUCAGGUAAACAUGUGACCUACCUGGAUGACCAGACCCGCCUGGACCUGAUCCAGCUGCUGAACGGGACCAGGUCACUUCCUGUGUUGAUACAGGAAGUGCUGCCGUGUUUCAUCCGAGCGCCGAGCGACUCCAACGCCAAGCCCAUCGAGCAGCUUUACCCAGACGACCGCUUCAAAGACAUCCUGCUUGCCUUGGAGCGAUCGACCAAUCGGAGCGGAGAGAUCCAGGAGUGGUGGAUUGUGGACCAAUCGGCUGCCAGCAUGCUGCCUGUUGGGGGCGGGGCCUCAUCAGCUGACAGGAGGGAGGCGGGACUUCAGCUGCUCAUCUUCAGUGAUAAAGUUAGCCCACCGAGUCUCGGCUUCCUGGCCGGAUACGGGAUCAUGGGUCUGUACGCGUCGGUGGUUCUGGUCAUCGGGAAGUUUGUGCGUGAGUUCUUUAGCGGGAUCAGUCACUCCAUCAUGUUCGAGGAGCUGCCGAGCGUCGACCGCAUCCUCAAACUCUGCACCGACAUCUUCCUGGUGAGAGAGACAGGUGAGCUGGAGCUGGAGGAGGAACUCUACGCCAAACUGAUCUUCCUCUAUCGAUCCCCAGAGACCCUGAUCAAAUGGACCCGCCGCUGACCUCAUCAAUAAUCACUACUCACCUGUAGUGAUGUCACAACCCUGUA